GCCACGUGCUAUCGAUAAGAAGAAGACCAAGAAGAAGAAGAAGAAGAGAAAUGGGUGGAAAGACAAAACAAGCGCCGCGCACCAAAAAUAAUGCAAAGCCCUCGAGCAGCAGCCGCACCGCCGAGCUGCUGGGCAGUUCCACGCCAAUUUUCGUGGGUUUCUCGGCGCAGGCGGACGGACUGGUGCCAUUUGCUCCGGGAUUUGCCAGUGCCGAGCAAAUGCCAGAAAGCUUUGACGCGGCUAUCGACCCGCAGACUCAGAUCAUCCUGCGCAAGCUGUCCAAGAAGGAUCCCAUGACUAAGAAGAAGGCUCUGCAGGAGCUUCACGAACUGAUCGAACAGUCGGAUGUAGAGUCCCUGAAGAAUAUUCUACCGCUGUGGCCAAAAUACUACCUGAACCUGGCCAGCGACCCAGAGCAUAAUGUCCGAGAACUAUCGCAAACUGUGCUGCAGUUGCUCAUGGCCAAGUGUAAGAAGGCUAUGGCUCCGUACUUAAAAUUGCUCGUGCCCGUUUGGCUGGGCAGCCGAUUCGAUACCUACGCUCCUGCCGCCAGCAUCGCCGGCCAAUCCUUCCGAGACACCUUUGCUGGCAAUGCCAACCGCACCCGGGAGGUGUGCCUGCACUGUCAGGUGGAGAUCCUUGAGUACGCCACGCGCAAUCUGACCUUCCACACAGCCGCCACUUUGUCGAUCGGCAAAAGCCUUACGCCAGAGGAGGCAGAACAGAAGUACCAGCGCGUGGUUAUCAGCAGCCUGAAGCUGUUAUCCUUCUUCAUGGAGCAAACAGCGCAGACGGAGGAGCUAAGCCAGGUCAAGGAGGGAUUUGUUACGCUGGUGGCGCACCAGAAGUUCUGGAGCUUUGCCAAGCACAAGGUGCCGCCCAUAAAAGCUGCCUGGUUUGAAUGCAUCUACCAUGUCCUGCAAUCGGUUGCCCUGUUGGAGGUAAUCUCGAACCAGAAGUCGCAACUGAUUACCCUCUGUUUCCAAUUCAUCGACGACGCGGAUCCUGUGGUGGCCCCCCACAUAUGGGGAUGCGUUUUGCUGUUACAAAAUAACUACGAAGAUUGGUUUGUCCCUCUCAACAUUCGCAAAGCAUUCCUUCCGAAACUUUCGUCCCUAUUUCGUAAUGGAUUUAAUCGCAACGCCCAAGCCGUCUGUCCCAAUCUGCUCCCAUUCCUGUCUAAAAUCACACCUGCAUCCCUUCAAGACCUGGAUAUCUAUGAAUUUUAUGAGCGCUUUUUUGACGACAUGAAGCUGGCGGUCACGGAAAAAUUCGAUCCACCGCUGCCUAAAUCCGAUUGUACUGUCAUUCACAAUGCCUAUUUUGAGUGCCUACGCUUUCUGCUGCAGCAGAUUAACAACCACAAGGAGCGAGAACAAAGGGUCGACGAUUUCGCAUCAAGCUUACUCCAGAACAACGUACUGGAACCCAUUGGAGGGCUGCUGAGAAGCGAAAGUGCGCACGUAAAAAUAUUCUUUCAACACAGUUCUGCACUGGUAGCGUUUUGGGAUCGACAGAUUAACAAUAAAUUGGAUAACGGCGGCCUAUAUGCCAAGUUGCUGAACCAGUUUUGGACGCGCAUCUUCGAGCUGGUCACCCACGACCUUGCUGCCGAGGAAGUGAAUGAACAGUUGCUUUCACAUGUCGUGCUCUUAGUGCAGGAUCUGCACAUGGCUAAUCCUAGUCUUGAGUCGCCAAGUGUAAAGUUUGUAGAGGAUCAAGACGGAAAGGUGGAGAAAAGUGAACCUACGACACCAGUUAAAAAGGCUCAAGAAGCUGCAGCUUUCAUACAAAAGGAACUCAAACAAUUGGUUGUAAAUCUGGUGAAAAUUUGCCUCGACAAGGCCAAGAACAGUGGAAGUGGUAGUUCAUCAUCGCGUUACAUUGAACAAGUUCGCACCCUUACCAAAAUGUUUACCGAUGCUGCGUUUUACAAGAGCUUUACAGAUGUUGGAGACCUGGAAGAAGCGCUUAAUAAAUUUGUUUCACUUCUGGGCCAACUGAGCGAUGACGCUAGUGAAUUAGUCGUGGAAAUCGUGUUUGAAAUUCUCCCGCUGCUGGAGUCAAAGCAACGCUUUGAAUACAUUGAAAACACCCUCCUAAAGCUCAAGCAACAUCGCGUGCAGAACCUUCUGCUUCACCGUCUAUUGUCUUAUCCACUGUGUACAGAGCCCGACGUAAGGCAAAUGCUGAGUGGUUCGGAAACUUGUGGCGUGAUUGCGCGGAUUGCCGAGGAAGUAGUUGUUGACAAUGAUCGGGAAAAGCUGAACUUGUUGCACAAGUGCUUCUUCCAAACGGACACGGGAGACAUACUCAUCAAUGCUGAAACAGUGGAUAAAAUUCUUCUGGCCAUGUGCGGUCCCCUAGAUCAGCCAGUUGUUGAUGAUAUGGUGGAAGUGUGUGGUAGCUUUAUUGCCCAGAUAAUGCCUGUGAUUUGCAGCAACGAGAACUCUUCGUUGCAAGUGCGCCAACAGAUAUUCCUUAAGCUGUUUAAGUUUAGCCUAGAGCAUCGCCCGGAAGAUUAUUUGUCGGAGGAUACUCUGUGGGAAAUUACAACCUGCUGGCAGGAUGCACUGUCAAGUAAAGACAUCGAAAUCGAUAAUGAAAUGCUUAAGAAUUGUGCGGGAAUUGUAGAAGAUUUGGCUUACUCAGCAGACCUUAAAGCAGAGAACCUGGAUGGCAUGGCGGAGGCAAUGGCGAAGUUUGUCAUUUGCUCAACAGAAAAUAUUGAGGAUGAGAAGAACCGCUUGGAACGCAUUGAUGAAACUAUAGCGGCUCUUCUGGUCCCCCUAAAAACAUCCGAAAAGGUUGUACAGUUUGAGAACCAUUGCGUGCUUUUGGAAGCACUGCAAGGCUCUGUCACUCCGGGAGUUCCCUUCAAAAACGCUUCUUUCGCCAACGAUAAAAUAUUAGCAUUACUUCAACGUUCCACUCUUAACUUUUCCACAAUAUACAAACUUGUCUAUCAAUUUCCCCCACCACAAGACACAAAUAAUCCAGAAGAUGAAUUGACGGAGGACUACUGUGAUCCAAAUGCCGAUGUGCUUAAAAAUUGGAGCGAGCCCUUGAUUUCAGAGCUCUUACAGUGCAUUCGAGUGGCUGGCACAGCGGAAAGUUGGCUGCAAGUAUCGGACUUGCAAUCGUCGACUGAAGAAUUAGUGUUGAUCCUGUCGGAAAAGGUUCAAAGCUUUAUGGGCAACAGUAGCGAUCUGGUUGGAAUUGUAAAGGAGCGUCUUCAACAGGCUGCGGUGCUGCAGCCCAGCGUAAUUGCAUGUCGUCUUCUAAGUUACAUUACUUUUUGUCCUCAAUAUGCGGCUUUCGAAGAGAGUGCGACCAUUCUGCUGCACGAAGACCUUUCAGAAUUUUUGGUAACGCAGGGAGCCCUAAAGACCUAUGUGAUGGCACUACAGUUUCUUUUGCCAAAGCUUUCUCAAAAAGCCAUCGGCUUGAAUUCGGCUAUCAUGAGAACAGAGCCACCCGAGGUUUGGGUUAAAGCCGCUGUUUUCCGUGCCCUUCUCCUGAACAAUUUUGAAGCCGAGGUAAACGAGCAAACAGAUCGCAAUAUAAUCGUAUCAGCCGUGCAGUUUAUGACCAGCAUCGCGGAAAAGCAGGCCAGCCAAAAGGAUUUACUGCAUUACAAUGUGGAAAUACCUAAACAACCCUACGAAUCAGUUUUAGAUACAGUGGAGCUCAUCAAACUCCUAACUGAAGUUCUGAAACGGUUUCCUUAUGAGCUCAGCAUAAAAAACUGGGAUGCCAUUCGCAUAGGUCUGAGUUCUUGGGUGCUCUCUGUUUCCAAAUCCAUAAACCAAUUUAAUGAUCCAAAGACUGCUCUCUUUGUGGUUGCGGUUUAUCAAUUGUUUGCCACCUUGAUUGAAUUUAUACGCUCUGAAAAACAAAAAAGCUCAACAGAAUUACUCAAAAACAUGAUUGACGAGUGGGAUUCCCUGUUUGCCAAGGAAGUCAAUGUAGUGCUGUUUAAGUCAUUUUAUCAAUUGACCCAUGAGACGAGUGUUGAGCCUGGAUUUCAGGCAUGCUAUGAGGCUUUGCUGGAACGUUUAACUCCAACCCUAGAGCUGCUGGAUUACAGCUUUGUUUAUGCGUUCUGCAAGACAAACAGUAAAAUUAGUUUGGACCACCUCUGCAACUUCCUCUUCAAACAGCUGUACAGUUCCCAGCACUCGGUUCGACUGAGUGCGGUUCACUCUCUUCGCCAAUUAACACCACACUUUGUGGCCGAUGACAUAGAGUUGAAUGAAAGGCAAAGCGAAAGUCUCGAUGCCACAACCACGAUCUCCAAGUGGCACUUCCUCAACCGCUUUGAGGACUAUCUGACGCGCUACGAUUCCCUGAUAAAAAAAUACCUGGAGGAGUUCUCUUUCAAGCUCACGGAGCUGGAGGAUCUGGAACCCAUAGACAGACACGAUGCACUCAGUUACCUUUUCCUGUGGGACUGCAUCAUAAAUGCAUGCGCCAAGUCUCCCGUUGCAUUGCGAGCUGUCUACACCAAUUGGCUUAACGACAACAAAUAUGAAGAGAACUUCCUGCACUUCCUCUUCCGCGCGAUGCCAGUGGACAUACUUAAGAAUCAUGGAGCCAAGGUACACAGCAACGGCGUCUAUAAGGAGCUCACUUGGUCUCAGCUGAAGGAUCGUCAAUUGACCCUAGAGCGAUAUGUGUGCCACUUGUAUACAGAGGUGCUUCGCAAGCUGCCGGCCGUUGUGCGCCGGUGGUGGAACACCACCCCGUCCAGGCAAAAGAACUUCGUGGACAACCUCACAACCAACUACGUCAGCUCGCUAAUCUGCAGUGAGGAGCUCAAGGCGAUCGCCAAUCGCAAGGAGAAGCACGAGAAUAUGCAGGUGACUGUUCACUCCUCCACUCGUGAGGUUCUGGCUGUGUAUGCCAUCGACGAGGCCCGAAUGGAGCUGGUCAUAACUCUGGCCCCCAAUUAUCCAUUGGGAGCGGUAAAAGUCGAGUGCGGCAAGCAAAUUGGUGGACGGGCUUCCUCUCGAAACGUGGGAAUGCAGUUAACUAUCUUCCUUACACAUCAGAAUGGCACCAUUUACGACGGCCUGACCAUGUGGAAAAACAAUCUGGACAAGAAGUUCGAGGGCGUGGAGGAGUGCUAUGUGUGCUAUACAGUCAUCCAUCAGGACACUUGCCAACUGCCCAAGCUCACGUGCAAAACCUGCAAGAAAAAAUUCCACGGACCUUGUUUGUACAAAUGGUUCACCACCAGCAGCAAAUCCACGUGCCCCAUUUGCCGCAACGUCUUCUAGAUAAAAAAUAUACCUCUGUGUGUAUACAAAUGCCAGCUAAAUCUUUAGUUGACCCCACGUAUUAAGCAAAAGGCACAACCAAACCGUUCGAUGUAGGCAAUAGUUUCUGGUCUCUCAAAUUGUAAAUCAGCAAUAAUAAUAAAUUCUAACAAUGUUUAAUUGUA